CGUGUUGAUAAGAUAAUAUGUCGCAGGUGCCCCUCUUCCACCGUCGUCAUUUAUCCCUGGGUCACCAGCCGGGCGCCAUGUGACGGAUACCACCCUCUGGCUAUCGGGAACAGAGGAGUGAGCCGGAGUGUCGAAGCUGCCUGUGCCAUCGAGGCUUGUCGACAUCUUCUUGCCUUCCAUCUAUUCCCAGAUUCACCUUUCUUCCCAUCUACCAUCUUUCACUCGACAGUAUACCUACCUCUCUUCGCUCCGCUCGGCUGAGAUCCAGCGACCCAACCUCCCCCCUGGGUCUCCACCGUCAUCGCCAAGAUGAACCUGUUAUACUCCACAGUCAACACCAUCCGGGACAAGUACACGCCCGUGAGCUACACGUCGACUUUUCGAAAGACGGGCCAGAUCACCCCUGAGGAGUUCCUGGCAGCCGGCGACUAUAUCGUUUUCAAAUUUCCCACCUGGUCUUGGGCCGAUGCCGACUCCGAUUCCAAGCGCGUAAGCUACCUACCCCCGGGGAAGCAAUAUCUAGUCACGCGGAACGUCCCAUGCAACCGUCGCCUCGAUGACGACUUUGCCGGAGAUGCCGGCCACGAGGAGGCGGUCGUCGGUGACGGCGACGACUUCAACGCCAAGGGCCGCGUGGACGACGACAACGGUUGGUUGCGCACCGGAGCCCUCAGCAGCUCGCAACCUCUAAAGGCGAAGGAGGUGCGGACUGUUGACGACGCGGGCAACGUGGCCGACGAUAGCCUGGACGACGAGGAUGAGAUCCCCGAUAUGGAAGACGAGGACGAUGACGAAGCCAUCAUCCGCGACACCGAUCCGCGCAGAAAGGCCGGGGCCCGCCGCACGUACACCCUGUAUAUCAUGUACUCCCCCUACUACCGAACCCCCCGCCUCUAUCUCUCGGGCUAUUCCGAAGGACAGCCUCUCGCUCCGCAGUUCAUGAUGGAGGAUAUCGUCGGCGACUACAAGGACAAGACGGUGACGUUGGAGGAUUUUCCUUUCUUCUCCAACAACGUCAAGAUGGCUAGCGUGCAUCCCUGCAAGCACGCCUCCGUCAUGAAGACUCUCCUGGACCGCGCCGAUGCGGCCCUCAAGAUCAGGCGCGAGAAGAUGAAGUCCGGCAAGGCUGUCGGAAGCGACCCGGGGAUGGAGGGCUUAGUAGACGAGAUCAACAAGCUGGACGUUAAGAGUGCCGAGGCAGCCGCCGAGUCGAGUAACGACGACUGGGAAGAGGUCGAGGCUGAGGAGCAAGAGGUGGCUAUCCGAGUUGAUCAAUACCUCGUUGUAUUCCUCAAGUUCAUGGCGAGCGUGACUCCCGGCAUCGAGCAUGAUUUCACCAUGGGCGUAUGACCGGUUUCCCAUUGUUCGAUGAGGGAUCUAGAGUUGGUGGAGGUCGGGCAGCUACUGGGAGCCUUUUGGCGGCGUUUGGAAUUUGGAUUCGGUAGGCUGAUGAUGGGAUACUUAGAACAGGGGGGCCCGUUUCUACUCGCUGUCACAAUGGACAGGUAUCAGACCAGUGUGAGCUUCACACCACAGCCCCUACAGCCGCAUUGCGGACUAUUUCCACUAGAUCCUACUGCAUUGUCGAAGAGCGAUCGACUAUAAUUACAGGCGGCACCGGCCAAUGAUUUGCUUGUCGCCCCCCCUAUGGGUGUGUCAGAGGCGUGUUGGGCACGAAUGGUUUUCUCCUUUCCUCUUUUCGGCACGCAUUGCGCUCUUCCAUGCCGGGUACACAUUUAGAUAUUCAUUUAACCUAAGAGUCGGUCACACCUAGCUAUAGGCAUUUGAACGGGAGAAUAUG